CUUAAUUCAAGACUCUUAUCAAUUCGAAGUCCUUAUUUAAGAAAAAUACAAACUUUGUGUUUUGCUUUUUUAAAAUACUAACUCGUCGUUUUUGCCGCCAAAUCCGCCACUGUAACCCUACGGACGUUUGUUUAUUGAAAGAUGCUAACAUCUGCCCAGACUUUCAAUUUCACACAGUAAUGUGAUGUCACGGAGCCGGUGGACGCGGGGGCCAUGCCGUACGUGGACCGACACAAUCGCAUCUGCGGCUUUCUGGACAUCGAGGAGACGGAGGCCAGCGGAAAGUUCUUGAGACGAUACUUUGUCCUCGGCGCGCAGCGGGAUCGACUCGUGUGGUACAUGGACAACCCGCAGAACCUUCCGGACGGAGCCCAAAACGUCGGAUCUCUCAAUCUUUCCUACAUCUCCAAAGUGAGCGAUGCCACCAAACUAAGGCCAGAGGCUGAGUUCUGCUUUGUUAUAAACGCUGCAAUGAGGAAGUUCUACCUGCAAGCCAACGACCAACAAGAUUUGGUAGAGUGGAUCGCCGUUCUCAACAACGCCACCAAGAUAACGGUGCCAAAAAUUAGCGAUGGCGCCGAUGCACCUCAAGAAGUUUUAGGAGCCUUGAAGCAGGUCUCUUACAAGACGGAGAUCAUCGGCGGCGUCCCCGUCGUCACUACCACUCAGGAACAGGUGGAGACGGCGAACGGAGCCGAGCGCGACGCUUUGAGCGCACCCUACUUCCUAUCUGGCCAAGUCCACCGCCAGAACCGGGAUGUCAUCAAGGCGGGAUUUUGCGUCAAGCAGGGAGCGGUGAUGAAGACGUGGAAGCGACGUUUCUUCAUGCUGGAUCAAAACGACCUCCGCUACUUUAAGUCGGACUCGGACAGCGAGGCGCUCCGCGUCAUUUCCCUCAAGGACAUCCUCAAAGUUCAAGAGUGCGAGCAGAGCGAGCUGAUGUUGAGAGACAACCUCUUUGAGGUGGUCACCACCUCCAGAACCUUCUACUUGCAGACGGACAGUCCAGAUGACAUGCACAGCUGGAUAAAAUCCAUCACCGGCGCAAUCGUGGCCAAGCGUGGACCAGGAAGCUCCAUGCCCUCAGAUGGCAGCUCGCCCACCGUCUCCUCGUCCACUUUCUACGUCACCUUAGGCGAGAAACCGCCUCAGGCGCAAUCCCCCACUGACUCUCCCGCCCACUCAGUUGUGCUGGGGGAUGAGUUGAUGUCUCGGCGUACCGAAGAGGACCCGAACCCCCGCAACGCGUGAUUUGGUUUGAGGACGGUGGGCUCUUCCUCAGCAGCUUUAAAAAUAUAUAUACUGUGUAUUUUCAAUACAUUUUACUUUUUAAUUUCCCUCUGUUGCCACUUUUAGAUUAUGUAUGGAGGUAAUAACUCCGGUUUAUUCCUUUAAUCAAGGUUUUAAAUAAUCCUAAAUGUAAUCAUUUUUAUACAGUGUAUUAAGGGCAAUCAUAGACUUCCAUUGACAGCGAUAGACGUCCAAUUCGUUUUGACUGAGGGGGCAAAUGAUUUAAAUGUUUUUUGGGUUUUUUUAAGAUUAGGUGUAAAUUUUGGGCAAAAAUGUGCCCCCAAAAACCCUACAAAAAAACUAAUGAUAACCAGGUUAUAUAAUACAGUGAUCCCUUGUUUUUCGCAAUUCAUGGGGACCUGAAUCCUGAAACCUGAAAGUAGCGCCCCACCCCCUAUUUUUUUUUCUUUUUGUGUUCAAUGUAUUCAGAUUUAGAAAUAGAAAGAUACAGAUACAUGUUUUUUUCCCCCCUGAAAUAUAAUUAAAAAAAAAAAACUUUUAUGUAUACUUAUAUAUAUUUUGAAUAAAUGGUUUUAAAGCACUUCAAAUGUAAUAAUUAUAAGUUUUAAUCAUGUUACUGUCCCACUGAAUUAUUUUUAAACAAGAAUAAAGUAGAAAAAUGCUUGUUUCUAUAAAUGCUUCAUUGAAUGAAUC